AUGUUCAACCAGUUCACCCCCUUCGACAUCCCCGUCGAACAAGACGUAACCAUCCACGGCAUCCACGGCGGCUCUGGACCGCCGCUUCUACUUCUCCAUGGCUUCCCGCAGACGCAUCACAUCUGGCACCGGGUCGCCGACGAACUGGCCAAGAACUACUACAUUGUCGCAAUUGAUCUGCGCGGAUACGGACACUCGUCCAAGCCCGACGGCGGCGAGGGACAUGUGCGAUACGGCAAGAAAGCCAUGGCCCGCGACGCAGUGCAGGUAAUGGACGCGCUUCUAGCGAACCGGUCUGAAGGCAACCAAUUCUACAUCUGCGCACACGAUCGAGGCGCACGAGUCGCCCACCGGCUCUGCGUGGAUUACCCCUCGCGCGUGAAAAGGUGCAUUUUGCUGGACAUCUGCCCGACAUUGGCAAUGUAUUCGCAGACCACCGAGGCCUUUGCCCGGGGCUAUUUCCACUGGUUCUUCCUCAUCCAGGCGGCGCCCUUGCCGGAGUGCUCAAUCGCGACGAAUCACAGGGCAUGGGUGGAUAUGUUCAUGGGUGGCCGGCAUGCUGGCCUCAAGGCGUUUGCGCCCGAGUGUCUUGCGGCGUAUGAGGCCAAUUUGGCGGAUGAGCGCACUGUGCAUGCUAUGUGUGAGGAUUAUCGGGCUGCAGCGACGCUGGAUAUGAGAGAGGCAGAGGCCGAUGUUGUGGAGGGCCGGAAGGUGCAGUGUCCGUUGAGGGUGCUUUGGGGCGCGCAUUCGACCGUGGCCAAGUGUUUUGAUGUGCUUGCUGAGUGGCGCAAGGUGUCGAGUGCGUCUGUGGAUGGGAGGGCUGUUGAUUCGGGGCAUUAUAUUCCGGAGGAGGCGCCGGGCGAGGUUAUUGCGAAUGUUCUUGAAUUUUUUUUUUGA